AUGGUCACCAACGUCCCAGAUUGCAUGUAUUGUUUCUGGAACAUCACUACCAAUGUCUGGUUGCCGCCAUCAGUCAUUCCUCCACCACCAGAAUUUGUCUGCAAAACUGGUGUUGACAAUACAUACUUUGUAUUGCCAAGGGAUAGUGUGCUACCCUAUCCCAUCAAGAUAACUGGAUUCAAUCUUGGAUACCUUAUAGCAGGUGACUUCUCCCCAGCUACUAAGUUGUCCAAAGUAAUGCCAAACACAUGGUUCAAAUAUGCUGCCAACACAUCAUCUGGUUCAGAAACACUAGUAUUCUCCACCUCCAAGAACAUCAAGUAUACAAUUGGAUGGCAGAUAGACGUUACCAAAGUUACCUAUGUACUUGGUGAGGUCAAUGGCAAUGUGAUGAAUAUUACAAUUAAUGGAACGUUCCAUGAGGAAUACCCUUAUGUUGUUUAUAUUUAUGGACAUCGUUGUAAGAUCUCGACUAUGUUCUCUCAGGCAUUCUGUCAAAUUGAUAUCACACUACCCAAGUUGGACAAUAUGGCCAAUAUAUCAUCUGGAUACUCAGACCCAAUCAUCAUACCAGUGAACCAAUAUUUCCUCCCACUUGUAAAGACUGCAACACCACAAAGAUUGACUAUUGAUGGUGGCCAGGUGGUGCUAACUGGAUACUAUGGACAAGUGUAUAUGAAUUCGACAGUAUGGAUCAAUGGAUUGAAUUGUCCAAUUGACAAGGUUAACAUCACCGGCGACUACAACUCACAAUUGGUAUGUACCAUUGGCGGCGGCCUGGUGCCCGGUAUGGCCAACGUCACUGUCAACACAGAAGGUCUUAUCCCAUUCACCUCAUUCCUGUUGUUGCAAAUAUAUGACAACACUAUACCAGUUGUUGAUCCAUGCGUUAAUCCAAGUGGAAAGAAUGUACAAUGUGCUGGCAAUGGACAAUGUUUGAAUGGUGCAUGUUGGUGUAAUGAAGGUUAUGGUGGAUUCUAUUGCGAGGAGAGGGUAACUGCUGGUGUGGUCAUACUUCCAAACGCAACAGCACCAACUGUUGACAUUGUUACCACCAGCUCGCUGUUCCAAUUCAAUGUCGUGGCGAUCCAAGAGGUGGACUCAACAUACACUGUGAUCAAGGAGCUAAUCACCGAUCGUUGGUUGUUUAACGAGACUACCAUUGGACCACUCAAAGUGUUUGAUUACAUGUUGAACAUCAACGGAACAUCAUCUGGCGAUCAACAAUGGGGUGAUCUCAAAGUGAUGGUCCAGUUCUCACAGUCGUCUGAGUCCAGACAGGUGGACUUUGCCGAUCACACAAUCAGAUAUUCCGCCAACUCACUCAAGAUGGGACUCAACAUCACCAACUGGCAAUUUCAAUCCAAUACUCAUAUGUUGCGUGUUGUCUUCAAGAAUGAUCUGGAUAUCCCAGCCGACGAAUCCUGCCAGACAAGCAACGUGCAACAGCAACUCGAUCCAUUGGCCAACCUCCAGUUCCUCAAGGUGAUCCACAGCGAUGUCACAUACUUUGGACGCUUCCUGCCCUACGCCUUUAUCGAUGGCCGAGUGUGCUACUCGCUCAACCACAUCAUUAACUCGACCGCCACCAAUGAGACAUCCUACAUUGGCACAGUGUUGCCUAUGUGCCAAGAGUGCUGGAUCGAUCCAGACUUCACGGUGUUGACCACAGUCGAAGGCCAGAACACCUGUGGCGGUGGCUCGAGCGGAUUGACCACUUGGAAGAUCAUCGUCAUUGCCGUCGUAGUGGGUCUAUUCGUCGUGGCUGCAUCAGUUGGAACAGCAUUGUACAUCAAAACCAAGAUGCAAUACAACAAAGAGCACAACAGAAUAUCACAAAGAUUACACCAAAUGAACAGUAGCAACAACCUCACCUCCAGUACCAGCAGUUCAGGUUUGAUCAACAACGACAGCACCAACUCCAAUAUAUAA